UCGCCGGCGGAGUGGCGGAACACUAGCCACCAACCCUAAAAAAAGAAAAAAAAACUAGCCACCACCACCACGGUGGCCUUCCAAAUAAACACCGACGAAUAAAUCCCCACUGGCCGGCGGCGGCGGCGGCGCGAUUGCGAGAGGAUCGGUUGAUUCCUCUAUCGGUUGAUUGCGGCGGUGAAGGCGAUCCGGGAAAGAAGACGAGUGCGGGUCCAACAAGAAAAGGAGCAUGGCGGCUUAUCCGACCAGACGAGACGACCCCUUGGCGGAGAAGAAGAGGAAGUUGGAUGUGUGGAGCGAAGAGGAAGAGGUCUGGUCGCCUGAUCCGUCCUUGGGCCAUGACUACUCGGCCAAGACGGAGCAGGCCAGACGCGAAGAAGAAUCAGCUCCCCGCCCUGUGAAAAUCCCCACGCUCGAUCACUUCAAGCCCCCGACCCGGUUCCACAUUGCCGAGCUCUUCUCCGUCCGUGAAUCCGGAAGCCAGGCCGUCCUCUCGGCCGCCAAAUUCCUUCUAGGGGUUUCAUCCUCCCUUGAUGGUGAGCCGCUGAGACGGUGCUCCGGCUUCUGGGUCGAUUGGGAUGCGGAGAAGAAAACCGGCCUUGUCUUGACAACUGCACGGCUGAUUCGCACAAAGGACGCUCCUUACAGCGUCUGGACAGGCGGCCAAGAGUAUGCCCCUAAUGCUGAUGUCACUGUUCAUUUGCUAAAUGGCACUAGUGCAAAGGGCGAGCUGGUCUACUAUCAGCCCCAUUACGAUAUCGCUUUCUUGAAUGUUGAGGUGGAUCAACCAAUCAAGUUACCAUCUCUUCGUGAAAAAGAUGUAGAAUUUGCUCAAGAGGUUUUUCAGCUAGGAAGAGACAAUUCCUUAAAUCUAAGGAUAACAUAUGCUAGGGCAGAAUAUCUGAAUCCAAACUUGUUUGAGCGGCACCACAACGUGUACUUUUGUUCUCCAGAUGGCCAUGACGAUGAUAAUAAUGAGUAUGACAAUGGGGGGCUAGUUAUUGACUUGAGUGGAAAAGUUGUUGGAAUGGUCAACGACCCUGAGAGAUUUGGGUCUUUUAUACCUUCUUCCAUUUUGCUCAAUUGUUUCGAUUCAUGGAAGAAAUAUCGGUACAUUGGUCGGCCCCAUCUUGGGAUGAGGUUUGAGGCCAUCAAGCUCCUAGAGCCUGCUCAUGUUGACAUGUUAUGUCGUAUGUAUAACAUUGAUGACGGUCUUGUUGUUAGAGAGGUGUCCAAAGGAUCUAAUGCUGAGAAAUGUGGAAUCCAAAAAGGUGAUCUUAUUGAAUGUAUUAAGGGAAAAUGCAUUUCUACCACAGUUCAGUUGGAAAAUCUGUUGAUGAGCAUAUGCAAACACCCUUCAGAUAAUAAAAAUGGCCGUAAUACUGAAGUUCAUAUUUCUGUUGGGUUGUUUCAAACACUCAAAAAAUGCCGAAGGACCGUAGAGUUGACUGCAACUGUAUCAGACCUUGGAGAAGUUAUUGCAAGAGGUACUAGAGUCUCUUGAACUGGCUGCCGGAAAAAGAGAAGGUUUCCAUAUUAUAUGUAGUGUGAUUGACCAUAUGUAGUAGUCUAGUGGAUAUUAGAAAUAACUUGUGCACAUGUAAUUUAGUGCCCCUUGUUCUGUUUUGCUAAAAAAAACAAGAGCACAAGAAUUACCUUGUGAAGGUAGUAUCUCAGAGGGAUGUUAGACUCGAAGAAAGGCCAUGUAUGAUCUAAAGAUACACGAGGAAUAGCAGCUGGCGAGGUCAUAGUGAGUGAAUGCCCUUUCAUCUCUUCAAGCCUCCUUCCUGCAUAAAGGGUUUGAAACUGAUGUACAUCCCAUGUUAAAGAAAUAUGUUAAUGUUUUGGAAUGAUUUUUUGCUUGA